AUGGCUGAGCGUGGUUGCGGGUUGGCAGUCAUCGCGGAGCCACUCAAAGGUCCGAAACAUCCCUGCUGGCUUUACAGCAAGAAUGGGAGAGUGGCUCUGCAUUGGAGGAGAACCGCAGAAAAGAGCACUCCGUGCUCGAACGCGAAAACGGGCAAUGGAUGGGCGAGCAUCAAAUGGGGUGGAAUCACGAUUGUAGGCGUCUACCUCAGCCCCAAUCUGGCCCGAGUGGAAGUGGAAGACCGGUUGGAAGAACUGGAGACCUUUGUCAGGGGACUCCUUCCGGGCCCGGUCCUCGUCGCCGGGGACUUCAAUGCGAAGUCAACGCUUUGGGGUUCCCGGCGGCGAGACGUGAAGGGAGGGGAGGUGGAGGACUGGGCGGCACGCUUGGACCUCCACCUCCUAAACACGGGUACUACUAGCACCUGUGUGAGGCCGCAGGGGGAGUCCAUCGUCGAUCUGACAUGGGCUUCCCCGGCGGCGGCAGGUAUGGUGAAGAACUGGCGGGUGGCGGAGGAGUAUGAGCUCCUCUCCGACCACCUGCCGAUAGAAUAUGAGUUCGCCAGGCCGGACCAACGAGGCGAAGAGAGACCGGGUCGUCCAUUAAGGUGGUCAAUAAAGAAAAUGGACCCGGACAAGCUGCUGGCGUCCCUGAUGGCGGAAACGUGGGCGCCCUCACCACAGGAGGCCAGCAUAGAGGAGCAGGCGAGAUGGUUGCGGGAAGUGAUGACCCGUGCCUGCGAUUUCGCCAUGCCGCGCGCCGCCUUCAGGGCGAAUAGGAGAGUCUACUGGUGGUCCGAGGAAAUCUCGGACCUCAGGAAGGCCGCAGUCAAGGCGAUAAGGAGCGUCCUGAGGGCGAGGAGCAGAGCCGGAACCUCAAGAAGGGAGCUAGAGGCCCUAUUGGAAAUCAAUAGGACCAAGAGGAGGGAACUCAGGGCCGCCAUAAGAAAGGCGAAAGAGAAAGCCUAG